CUAAUCUUAGAAAAGAAGUAAUCCGUAACAAGAUUCGAGCCAUUGGAAAAAUGGCCAGAGUGUUCUCUGUCCUCAGAGAGGAGAGUGAGAGCGUUCUUCAGCUGAAGGGUCUUACUCCCACUGGUUCCCUACCUCUUGGAGCCUUGUCAGGUGGCAAAACAUCUCUUAAAAAUGCCCUGCAAGGGUUUUCUCCAAACCACAAGAUUACAUCGUUUGCGGAGGCCAAGGGCUUAGAUGCAAUUAAUGAAAGGAUGCCUCCUCGAAGAGAUGCGUCACCUACACCUGCAGUUGAAGAAAAGCCCAUUGUUAAGGCUGAUCCCUCCCCUUCAUCUGGCAAUACAGCUCGCCAAUGAGCCUUCUAGAGGAUUUGACUCAACUCCAUGAUUGAGAUCUCUUGCUGAUGAUCAGAAUCAGCUGAGUUGUGUCCAACUGCAUUUCUCUCUGGUGCCGCUUCAAGCUGUCCUCCACUUCUUCCUACGCCUGGCAGCAGGCCUGCCUGGCAAGGUCCAAGGAGAGCGCUGGACACUCUUUCGACUACUGACUGCUGUGCAUGUUUUUGUUAAUUUGGACUGCACCGUGAAGACUUUUAAUUAAAUGAAUCAGUCAUUGCCUUUAGUAGAUCAACCUUGGUACUGUAAUGAAGUGAAGAAAUUGUGAAUAUCACUGGGGAUAUGUCUUGUUUAUUUUACAUACUGUUGUUCAUUGUAUGUGUUUGAAGUCUGUUAGCACAUUUAAGGGGCUGGAAUAACACAAAGGUACCCCAUUUGGUUUAUUGGCCCAGCUCUCAGUAUCAGAGCCCUAGCUAUCCUUUUUCUUUUGUGUUACCAAUACAGCGCUUGAAAUUUAUGCACUGAUUAAACAAGUCAGUGAGUACUUUAUUUUUCUGCAUGUCUGCUUGUUGUAUGGGUGGUUUAAAGCAUCAUGUGAACAGGUUUCCAGUAGUAGGUGGGCUGAUAUCAGUGUACAACUCAGUCCAAUCUAAGAGGUAUAUUGCACAUUGUGUAGCAAUCAGAACUACCACAUGUGAUAAGUAUGAAUGAUAGUGGUUGCAUAAGUUGAGUGCUUGUGAGAGCCAAAUUAUGUGUGACUGAAGGUAUGUAUGUGAACAUGCGUAAGACUGUCGAAGCAGUCAAAGCAAGACUUCCUGUUUAAUAUUCACCCAUUAAUUGCCUGACUUGUUGAGAAUUCACGUUUCUUUUGAUUGGAAACUAAUUUAUGUCCAAUACUGUGGUUUGAAAGAGAGUUGUUCACUUUGAGUGAUCGUUUGUAAACUUGAUACCUCCAGUGUACUGUAUAUGAUCCUAAACAUGAAUUCAGUGUAACAAUUUUCUAUGCCACCUCAUGAAAUUUUUGUUAAGGUUGAAUUCUUUAUUUCAUUCUCAAACUCAGUUUAUAGUUGUUCAAAAGUCCUUUUAACCCCAGUUGUUUUAGAUGCAAACUCAAAUAUAAAAUGCUAGCUCAAUACUCUCUCCUAGUCCCUACAUCAGAAUGUGAUUUUGUCACAUGCUUCCAGUUAAGGUAAAUAAUCAGUCUUUCUUAUCCUGUAAUUGAUAUGCCAAACAGAAAAUUAUCAACUUUUGUUCUAGUAUAAUAUACGGUAAUCAAAUGUUGCUGUUAACCUGCUUGAAUUAUAUGUGUUUUAUCAUAUCCUCUACUACUUAUGUUUUACUUGCAUAAGGUUUUAAAACUCAUAGAAGCUUCCCUUUAACUGGAACAGGUCUGUCAUUAAAACCUCAAAGUAGAAUGAGUAAUACUCUUGCCAUCCUAAAUACAUAAUUAAGUGUCUCUUUUAUUAUUGAUGAUGUAAGUAAACAGAAGAUGAUAAUGUGUGUUUCCUUUUUUUGUCAGUUUUUCUUUAAAUGCCUUUUGGUUGAUACUUGCUGUCAGGUUAUUCCCUCUACACUUACCUUGAAACUUAAUUUAUUAAAGCAACCCUAGAUGCCUUCAAUAGCGUACGGGUGAAGGCCUGUUGAAUAAUGAUAAAUUUGAAAUGAUUCAAGUUGGGCCAAAGUAUAAAAAAUUACGUUAGUUUACUCACACUUUUCUUACAUUAUAAUUGUGGUUAUUGCUGUUAACCUCAAGCUGGACUUCUUCCUUUUUGAAUUUGAUUGAAGCCUUUUGGUCAUAGAUGGUGGACUUAUGAAUAUAAACGAGAACUCUUGCCAUAUUCUUAAUCAGGGCAAUUCUUCUUUAUUAUUUAUCAGUCCAAAUUAGUGUUACUUCAUAAGAUGUGGAUUAUGCUCUUAAAUCAGAAAUUGCCAUAUGAAAGGGAGAUUAUGAUUUCUUUCUCCCCAGCAUAUCUUUGGCUGUGAUUUGUAUAAUUUGUGUUGUAGCCAUGGUACAAAAACUUUCUCUCCCUGACUUUUUUAUAUGAAUAUGUUGUGCCACUGAUCAUUGGAAUUCUUUUACAUAGGAAAGACUCCUUUGGUUGUGGUGUUUUAGAUGAAAAUGUCUUCGGUGUCAGUCUAGUAUACCCCUGCGGUGAAUUCCAUCAGCCCGUCAGCAUAGUCAUGAAGUUGUGCAUAGAAACUCUUGUAAUUUGUUAUCUAUAAACCAUAGUCCUUUCCUAGUUGGAAAUAUCUUGUCAUUGCAUGUUUUGAGUCCAUCUUUUAAUAGCUUCUGAAACUUAAGCCAUAUUGUGGUACCUAACAUAGCAAAUAAUGAACGCAAUACUGUACCUCAUUCCCUCAUUCUGAGCUUUACAACAUUUAGUACUUAAAAUGGGGGACUUCUCUGACUGUUGGUGGUCAUCACUAAUUAAUCCAAAAAGAAAAACUUGAUUGCAUAGUAAUUUUUUUACGACUGUUGGCGUUCUUGCACUGCUACCUCAAUCAUCCUAGAUGGUGUUUAACUCAACCGGGUUAAACACAAGGACUGUGUGAGAAAGCAGAAAACAUUUUUACCUGGUAUGACCCUUCCUCAGGGUGCUGCAUUGCAUGAUACCAAUGCCUCACCAUUUCCCCUAAGACUGUAGAUGAUCACUAUGAGGGAUCUGAGUACUUGAGAAUUGAUGUGAGUUUUACCGCCACAUCUUGUUUAUAACUAGCACAAUUUGUUAAACUUUUUAUGGUUGUUAUUCCGACCUGUGUUAUACUUACAGUGUCAUCCCAUGAGCUCUUCUUUAUAUAAUAAAAUUUGUUAUUCUUACAUUUUUCCGGAAGACUGUCAGAUGCUUUCUUACUUUUACUAGUCGUUAGCCUUCGCUGAAACCCUCAGAGCUUCACAGCGUCAAGUGACAAGGAAAUGGUUGACUAUUGUCUUUCCUUUGAAUUUUUUUUUUUAAUUAGCUUUUCAAGUCUUUUGGGAAAAUAUAAGGAAGUAACUGUUACCCUGCACUUCUCUAUAUAGUGCAAUAUUUUUGGGGGUGCCAUCUAUGGAAUAUUUUAAGUCUACUCACAGAUGUCUUGUUUGUCCAUGAUGAAUAGAACCUCCAAGUUGGGUUCUGUUUUUAGUAUUCAUCUGUUAAUGUUCAUGACUUUCAUGUUGAAUUGAUAUGGUAUUUUAUGAUUUGUAUCUAUGUAUUCAUAGGGAAUGCUACAUAUAUAAAUAUAUAAAUAUUGUUUUUUCAUGCUUGGCACCUUUUCUACCAUGUCUUGCUAGUUUCUUUUUCUAAAUAUCUGUAAUUCUAUCCACAGUAUGUUCAUCUACAUAUAAAUAUACAUCUAUACUAUUUUGUAAGUAAGUCUUUGGUAAAUAAACGUGAAUACAUUACUUCAGAAGUUUUGUGUAAUCCAGUCUUAGUUACCUAUCUGACAGAAAAUGACAGCCAUUUGACGAAUUAUGAAUGUGAGCUUACUUGAGCUGUGCGUAUUAUGCACUCUUCAUUUUCCAUUGAAACAAAAGCUCAACCUUAAACUGAAAACCCUAACAUGUUUGUGUUACAUGUUGAUUCAAACUUAUUUAAAUGUACUUAUAAGAGUGGAACAAUUACCUCUUGGCAUGGACUUCUAUGUUUUUUAAAAUACCAAAAUCUUGAGCAAUGUUGGAGAUUUUAAUGUGUAACUGAACUAAGCAUCAAAUUAACUUAAAAUAAGAAAAAGGAAGUACGAAGUAUCUGGUUAAUAGAAUGUUCAUGAUAUAUACUGAUCUUGACAUGCUCCAUUUACAAUUUUUUUCCAACAAUGUGUUUUUCUUGCUUGAAUUAUUUUAUCAUCCGAGAACAUCUCACAUACAGUGAAACCCGUUAUAAGCGUUUUCUGGAUUUUGCGUUUCCCACUUCUAAUGUGAUGAUUCCCAUAUAGCAAAUUGCAAUUUUCUGCACAAAUCGCCCUUUUAUCGUUUUCCCGCUUCUGCGUAAAACGCCGCACUGAUGUGGCAAGCUACCGGGUUUCACUGUACGAACUAUUUUUAAUGAUUCUUAAUGCAAUAAUGAUAACAGAAAGGAUACUAUAAAAAGAAUUCUUAUUUUUUAUUAUAAUGCAUUUACUUUUGUCUUUAAUAAAAUCUUAUUGUGCAA